GAUUGCAGUCUGUGAAGUUGAUCACUUUCACUAGGCGCGAAGCCGUAAAAGACCCGAAUUCGCUUCUUCUUCUUUUUGAGUGGGAGGCUUAGAGCCACCGUCUCUGCUCGUCGAGCCUCUCUGCGCAGUUCCCGCAGAGCCGAUCGAUGACGCAUGCCACGCCUCUUACGCAGAAUUCCAGGAAGCGAAGUACGGUCAUUGAGCCGGAAUUAAUUGAGAUUCCGCCUCCGGUUUUUCGGACCCCGAAACGGCCUCGGCGGAAACAGAAACAGAAACAGAUUAUUUUGCAUGAAAUAAUUGAUGUUGAUGGCGAUGACAAUCAUGACGUAAUUUUUGUUGAAGAUAAUGCCAGCGGGAAAAAUAAAGGGAAAGUCAUAAAAAAUUACACUGAUACUUCUGGCAAUGAUCAAAUAAAGAAAGAUGCCAAUAUCUUUCUUUGUCCUCCUGAAGUGGAAGUGCGCAAAUCUGUCAAUGGGGUUGGUAAAAGUUCCAUCCAAGGCUUGGAUAACGAAAUCAUCCUAGAUGGUGUUAGUUCUAAUUUGUUAGUUGAUAAAUUAUUUGAUGAUGGUUAUAAUAGUUUUUUAUCUAGUAAUUUUGCUGACUUUAAUGAGUAUGCAAUCUUGCAAACCCAUUUUGAUUGUGUGAAUGUUCCUCCUGGAAUGGAGGCGUCCGAUCCUUGGUUCUCUGCUUAUGAAAAAAAGAAAAGUGCUAGUGGAACCAAUUUAUUUAAUCCCCUUCAAGGGAUGGAGCCAUCUCUCGCUUCUUUCUCAUUGAAACCUGCCGAGCUCAACAUGAAGCCUACUCGAGUCAAUAGUUCAAGUUUGUUGACCCCAAUGGAUGCGCCAAGUCACCCUUCUAAUGUGGAUUUCUUUGCACCUGCGUUGCAUCCACAAAUCAGUCUAAGGCAGGCGAAAUUAACUGCUUCCAGGCAGAGCACUCUGAAUCUCCCUCUUGAAGUUGAGCCAGAAACUUCCCUUUCACUCUCGUUGCCAUGUGGAAAGAAAUCAGGUGGUGUGGCUAGAAGCCAUGGUGGUGUUGAGGGAAAUGAUAUUCUGAGAAAAUUCGAGCAUUUUAAGAGGUUCGAUACUGUUGAAGAUUAUUCUGACCAUCACUAUAAAUCUGAAGGUUCUUCUGUGAAGCAGCCUCCUAAGGAAUGGGCGAAGAGGAUACAAGAAGAUUGGAGAAUCCUGGAGAAGGAUUUGACCGAUAUGAUAUUUGUUAGGGUUUAUGAAACACGAAUGGAUCUUAUGAGGGCUGUAAUCAUAGGAGCACAGGGUACUCCCUACCAUGAUGGUCUUUUCUUCUUUGAUGUUUUCUUCCCAAGUGGCUAUCCUAAAGUACCACCGCAUGUCUACUACCACUCUGGUGGCCUUCGUCUCAACCCAAAUUUAUAUCAGUGUGGGAAAGUAUGCCUCAGUCUUCUUAAUACAUGGUCUGGAAACAAAAAUGAGAAGUGGAUCCCUAAGAAGUCAACCAUGUUACAAGUAUUGUUCUCAAUACAGGCGCUAAUAUUAAAUCAAAAGCCGUUCUUUAAUGAGCCGGGAUAUGCACACAUGAGUGGAUCAGAAAAUGGCGAGUUGAAGUCGCAACAGUACAAUGAAGAUACAUUCAUCUUGUCGCUGAGGACAAUGACUUACAUAAUGAGGCGGCCACCUAAGCAUUUUGAGGAUUUUGUUCGGGGCCACUUCUACAAACGUGCUCACGACAUUCUGGUUGCUUGUGAGGCAUACAUGGAUGGCGCUCAAGUUGGAUGUCUGGUGAAAGGUGGAGUUCAAGAUAUUGAGGAGGGUGAUAAAAGCUGCUCGCAGAUGUUCAAGGAGUCUCUUCCUAGCUAUGUCAAUAUGCUUCUGGGAGAUUUCGAGAAAAUCGGAGUCAAGAACUUGGAGAAGUUCCAAAAGCUAGGAGCAAAAGAAAGAAAGAAGAAUAGCAGUAGUUCUAAGCCAGUAUGCCUGGGGCCGUAGCACGAGCGAUUUUUUUCGCCUUUAGGUCCUAAUUUUUGAGAUUGAACGAUCUUUUACAUCCAUAUGCCUGCAACAUAGUUUCUAAUCCUCAAUCCCUCAAUGAAAAGCAGAGUCGUUUUAACCGCUGUAGAGAAGUUUUUAACUCUUGGUGUGGUUUCUCCCAUAUGUUGAAGUGAUAUAUAUAAUUGUCUGAUUUACUGAUUAAGGACAUUCAAAUUAUCCAUA